AUGUCCCGGCUCCCAGACUCAAUCGCCCUAGGGGACCGCAUAACCAAAAUACAAGAAAUCCAGGCAAACCUCGGCCUCACAGAAUUGGACCCCGCGGCAUGGUCCUUCCUAUGGCACGCAGACGAGGACAGGCUCCUCUCAAUCGGGAAAAUGUCGGCAGGGGAGCAGCAAGGGCGAGAGCAGCUGGCUCAGAUGUUUAUACGCCAUGACCUGUUUAGGGACGUGGUGCUGGAGUGGCUCUCUAAGACCCGUAUUCGGGCCCCAUGGGUAGAGCAGGUUAAUCCUACAGUGGCAGACAUCGCCUAUUCGAUGAAAGAAUGCUACCAGCGCAGCAAGAGCUGCUGCAUCACAUCCAAUUUUGAGCCGGUUGAAAUCGCACACAUAGUCCCACUCCAUAUUGGCGGGCGAGAUAUGGAAGAACGAAAUAACCGCCGCUUUUGGAAGGCGAUGCGCUUCUUCUUCGAUGAGCAGCGAGUGAACAGCUGGAUGGCCGCAACGGCCGAUCCGCUUGAAUUAGCGAACCUGAUGUGUGUUAGCGGCAAUGUACACGGGCUGUACGAGAGUGCUCGGUUUGCGCUGCGGCCGAUUUUCCAGGGUCAGAAUAGGACGGCGGCCCUUUUCUACUGGUUGCCACACACGGAGUAUUCAAUGAGGGGGUUGCAGGCCUGGCCAGGCUAUAAUGUGAAUCAGCAAUUCUCACCGUUCGGGUGUACGCUCUUCGACUGUGCGACAGGGAGGAAGAUCAGGAGCGGGUCUGUCGUGGAGUUCAAGACUCCGGACAGGAUGAAGUAUCCCGUGCCGUCUUUGGCUAUUCUUGACAUGCAGUGGACUAUGCAGAGGGUUACGGCGUGGAGCGGUGUUUAUGACUUCCUGAGGGCGGGUAUGGCCUCCAACUCCCGGACCAGGAACAGUUCCAAUCCUGAUUCCGAUGACAAUUGGGACUCCGACUCCGACUCGGAUGAUAGCAGCGAAACGGUGCGUCCAACAAGUGGCUGCCACAAUGAGAAUGGGAACAUGCAGGAACCGGAGCAGCAGACGGAGCGUCAGGAAACGGAGAAGCAGGAAAUAGGGCAACAGGAAGCGGAGAAGCAGGAAACAGGGCAGCAGGAAACAGGGCAGCAGGAAACAGGGCAGCAGGAAACAGGGCAGCAGGAAACAGGGCAGCAGGAAACAGGGCAGCAGGAAACAGGGCAGCAGGAAACAGGGCAGACGGAUGCCGAGAUAAAAGAGGAUGCGGCUACCCAUUAUAAAAGACGAGCAUUCACAAGACAAGCAUUUAACAGACGGGAACCUCCAAUGCCGGUCAUCCUAGAAGAAGACGAGCCGAUAAUAGCACUUGCAAAGGGGAGAAAGAGGAAGAGGUCUGGCGGAGGCUGCGAGGCCAACGAUGAGCAAGACUGCAGUGACGGAGACGACUCAGAGAAAUGCCCUGGUCAGAGCAAUGGAGAGACAGGCCAGCAUAGCCUCAAAAGCAUAAAAGCAGCGGCUCCAACGAAGCACAGCCCAGCGCGAAGCCCCGCAGGCCAAGACGCCAUCCAAGCGAUGUCUUGA